UGCUAGUUCGCUGGGUCGGGCCGCGUGCGAACUUGGGAAAACCCACUUGGCUGAGGACCCGUGUGCUUGAGCAGGCCACCCCUGACUUCCUCCGCGAAACGCGCUUUUUGUGUGGUCGCCCUUAUCGUGGUGGCACAACUGCGAGGCUAGGGCGAGUUUAGUUGCGGGUUUUAAGAAUUACUGCGGAUAAGCCAAGAUUCAGCUAUGAGUUAAUUCCGGUUACUAAACAGUUACCUUGGAGCGGAGACUGCAAGGGUUGACCCCGGGGGUUGCAGUGACUGAAGGAUACUCACUUCCUGGAAUCCUCAGAUGAUAUCUGCCCCUCGGGAAAAGAUCUAGUGCAAGUUAAGAGAUUCUGUGAACCUUUAGAAGGUUUCCCAGUCAGUCUUUUAGGCACGGGACACAGCUAAUCUACACUGGAAGAGAGCUAAGAGCCUUAGUCCACUGGACAGGUGAUUACUUUACCGUGCCCCCUACCUGUGUUCCCGCUAAUUCCUGAAUGCAGCAGUGGUUGAUGUGUGUGGGUGCAGAAGCUCUGCUCUUUGAUGUCAACACACGUGUGCACACACAGGUUCCCCAGUGCCUAGGAGGACAAAGCUUAAGUAAAUCAUGAGGGGAACUGAUUGAAUUCUGCAUAUGUACAGUGAAGCGGAUAAGCAGUAUUUAUUACUGGAAAGAAAAAACCUGUGUAUGUUUCAGAUCCUUGGCAGGCCUAGAGUUUGCAGAGUGAGAACUGGGAAGUGGACCUCUGGAAGCAUGAAUACAGACAUGCAGGAGGGCUGUGGUUGCUGUCGAGGUGGUGGGGACCCUGACUUCAAGACCCGCAGCCAGUCUCCCCUGUGCAGACGAGCAUCCCCACGGCCAGGCCCGCGGCAGCAGAGCCCCAGUGAGGAGCACUCACAAGAACAGCCUAGAGACGGAACGGCUGUGACAGGGUGACGGUGAUGCUGGGCCGGCGCACAGGGGCACUCAGACCAGCUCUCCGUUGACCCGAGACACUAGCAUGAGGAAGGAGCUGGGGUAGUUAUGGUUGGCCAUGGAGGACAACCAGGACUCUCAUCCCAGAGGGGAUAGCGAUUGUGUUUCUAGUAAAAUAAGUUUCAAAAUAGAGGAGGAAGAAGAUGAUCCAGUUCCCAGCCGCUGUUUGGAAGGAGUGGACUUCCAGGGUGAGCAGGAGGACGUGAGGCACACGGACAGUGGGGAGGAGCAGGCGGAGGGCCGGGCGGGGGGCCCCUGCUUCCCUGCCGAGGGUGAGGAUGGCUGUGGGGCCCUGCUCUCCCAGUACAGCAGCACGCUGUACAGCGUGGCCAUGGAGGCCGUGGCCCAGAGCCUGCUCUCCAGCCGCCACAUCGGCUCCAGGAAGAAGUCGCCAGCGUGGAAGCACUUCUUCAUCUCCCCCCGAGACAGCACCAAGGCGAUCUGUCGGUACUGCAUGAAGGAGUUCAGCAGGGGCAAGAACGAGAAGGACCUGAGCACCAGCUGCCUCAUGAGGCACGUGCGGCGGGCGCACCCCACCAAGCUGGCGCAGGAGAACGGGAGUGUGUCCGCCAGCUCCUCCCUGCCCUCACCCUCGCUCCUGCUUCCUCCGCAGCCCGCGGACGUCGGGGACCUGGCCUCCACACUCUCGCCCGUCAGACUUGCCCACAAGAUGGCAGCUACAAUCCCGUCCCCUGACCGCCUGCAGGAGGAACCCGGGUCCGUGGUCUCUUCUGAGGUCUCUGAUGUGCCGGUCACUUUGAAGUACAGCAGAGAGGAGGCCCUGGCGGGGUCCUCUCCCCACCUUGCCCCACUCCACUACGACGAGACUGCAGAGGGCAUGGCGGAGAGAAGCCUUCGCCUUCCCAGGAGCACAUCGGGGUCCAGGAGGAGGUCGGCCGUCUGGAAGCACUUCUACCUGUCCCCGCUGGACAGCUCCAAGGCCGUCUGCGUGCACUGCAUGAACGAGUUCAGCAGGGGCAAGAACGGGAAGGACCUGGGCACCAGCUGCCUCAUCCGGCACAUGUGGAGAGCACACCGCUCCAUCGUGCUACAGGAAAACGGGGGCGGCUCGGGCAUCCCGCCCCUGUACCCCACGCCCCCCACCCUGCUGCCCACCCUGCUGCCUCCAGACGGGGAGCCGGACUCCAUGUCGUCCUCUCCCGGAAAGCUGGUCCAGGAGUGCCCCUCGGCCUCCUCGUCCCCAGACAGGCUGGCCGAGGACCUGCCUGGGGACACACUGGGCACGGACAUGUCCAUGCUGUCGUCCUCUGAGGACGUGGGCGAGGCUUCUGUGGGUGCCUCUCCUGAGAAGCAGCAGGCCAGCGGGUCGAGCCCGAGGAGGUGCGAGCCUGGUGCCGUCUUCCAGCAGAACAAGAAGGUCAUGAAGAGGCUGAAGUCGGAGGUCUGGCACCACUUCUCCCUGGCCCCCACGGACAGUCUGAAGGCCGUGUGUCGCUACUGUGGCUGCGUCAUCAGCCGGGGGAAGAAGGGGGAUGUGGGCACCAGCUGCUUGAUGCGGCAUCUGUACCGACGCCACCCCGAGGUGGUCGGGACCCAGAAGGGCUUCCUGGGUGCCAGUCUGGCCAACUCUCCGUAUGCCACUUUGGCUUCUGCAGAAAGCUGCUCCUCCAGGACGCCGGCCCUGCCCGCCGUGGUCAGGAGGAGCCACCAGGCCGUGUUUCCCGUCAGCAGCAAGAAGACCUCCAAGCUCUGGAACCACUUCUCCGUCUGCUCUGCGGACUCCACCAAGGUGGUGUGUCUGCACUGUGGCCGGACCAUCAGCAGGGGCAAGAAGCCCACCAACCUGGGCACCAGCUGCCUCCUGAGGCACCUACAGAGGUUCCACGGCCACGUGCUCAAGGCCGAUGUCCACCCGGACACCACCCUGUCCCGCUCUCCAGGAGUCCGGGGACCACUGAGCACAGAGUUGUCGGGCACGUCCACCUUCGAUGACCCCAGUGAGAAGUUCUACGACUCUCACCCAGUUGCCAAAAAAAUCACCAGCCUGAUAGCAGAGAUGAUUGCACUGGACCUCCAGCCCUACUCCCUCGUGGACAGCGCUGGCUUCAACAGGCUGCUGGGGUACCUGAGGCCCCAGUACUCCGUGCCCCCGCCCUCCUACUUCUGCAGCACGGCCAUCCCGGGCAUGUACGACAGCGUGAAGCAGAUGGUCCUGUCCCAGCUGAGGGAGGCUGAGAGUGGCAUGGUCCACUUCACAUCGGGAAUCUGGACUGGCACCCAGAGCCGUGAGUACCUGACCCUCACUGCCCACUGGGUCACCUUCGCAUCCGCGGCCCGCCCGCACUGCGAGGACCACCACUGCUCAGCACUUCUGGACGUGUCGCAGAUUGACUGUGACCAUGGCGGUGGCAGCAUCCAGAAGCAGCUGGAGUGCUGGUGGGAAGCCUGGGUGACAUCCAUUGGCCUGCAAGUGGGCAUCACGGUCACUGACAACCCGAGCAUCGGCAAGACUCUGACCGAGGCAGAGCACUCGAGCGUGCCCUGCUUCAGCCACACAGUGGACCUGAUCGUGAGUGAAGCCAUCAAGAGCCAGAGGAUGGUGCAGAGCCUGCUGAGCGCCGCCCGGAAGCUGUGUGAGCGUGUCCAGCGCUCCCCCACGGCCAGGGAGAAGUUGGCCGCGCUGCAGCGAGAGUAUGAGCUGCCACAGCACCACCUUGUCCAGGACGUGCCGUCCAGGUGGAGCACGUCCCUGCACAUGCUGGAGCGCCUGCUGGAGCAGAAGAGGGCCAUUAACGAGAUGUCCAUCGAGUGCAGCUUCAGAGAGCUGAUCAGCUGCGACCAGUGGGAGGUCAUGCAGUCCGUGUGUCACGCGCUGAGGCCCUUUGAUGCUGCCAGCCGGGAGAUGAGUGCCCACGUGUCCACUCUGAGCCAGGUCAUCCCCAUGAUCCACAUCCUCAGCAGGAAGGUCGAGAUGCUCUUUGGAGAGACGAUGGGCAUCGACACUAUGCUGAAGUCGCUGAAGGAAGCCAUGGCGAGCCGCCUGUCUGCCACCCUCCACGACCCCAGGUACGUCUUCGCCACGCUGCUGGACCCUCGCUACAAAGCCUCCCUGUUCACGGAGGAGGAGGCGGAGCAGUACAGGCAGGAUCUAAUCAGGGAGCUAGAAAUACUGAAUUCUACCUCAGAGGACACAGCCGCCUCCGAUGGCUGUGACUCAGGGCCCCCGUCGAGAGAUUCUGGCGGAGGGGAGAGCCUGUGGUCGCUGGUGGCCAAGGUGGAGAGGCGAGAACGGCGGGAGAGGCUGCCGGAAGACAUGGUGCUCGCUUACCUGGAGGAGGAGGUGUUGGAGCACAGCUGUGACCCACUUGCCUAUUGGAACCUCAAGCGGUCAUCCUGGCCUGGGCUGUCCACUUUGGCUGUCAGAUUUUUGGGCUGUCCCCCAAGUACCGUCCCUUCGGAAAAGCUGUUCAGCACGCCCACAGAGAAUGGCAGCUUUGGCCAGCCCCGGCUCAUGAUGGAGCAUUUUGAAAAACUUAUCUUUUUGAAAGUGAAUCUUCCCUUGAUCUACUUUCAGUAUUGAACUCACGACGGAGUCGCCCGACCAGACGUGCUCUUGGCAGUGCUGGCUGUGACCCGCCCAACAGGGCCAGGUGGGACACCAGGCCAGCAUCCGGGGCCACCCGCCGGCUCGCACCGUAACCUCACACGUGCCUUACUCCUGUCGGGCCAGGGCGCAGCGUGUUGGGAGUCCCCUGGAAGCAGCCCGUCUCGUCGGUUGUGAAGUGGGGUGAUCAGGUUUUAAUUCAUGACUGCAGCGUUUUUUAAAAGUUAGGGGUCAGAGAUGUGUGUUCCUAGAAUGGAGAUAAGAUGUAAACAGUUUUAUCCUGUAGGCUUUUUAUUCAAUUGUGUAAAAACCAUGAAUCAGGUACUGUAUUUUAGUUAAAUAUUGCUUUAAUUGCAACAAAACAGCUUUUGUAGCUGUGAAAUGAAACCUGUAAAUAGGAGGUGGAGCUUAAGCCAUCCUGACUGAGCAGUUUUAACUGCAGGCUCUAAAAUGUGUCGGAGUGGAGAGAAUAUUCUGGAAGCUAACUGUUUACCACAGAGACAAAGCGUUUGAAAACAAAACUGUACUUGGGUGACUCGCGGAGUGUGCAGUUGCAGUGACGUGGUCACGGACACGUUCCGUUUCAGGUCUUUGCAUUCAGGGUUGCACGGUCCGUUCAUUCACUCAGAGGUCCCCGACUGUCUGUCCUACUCCUUGAGCUCAGAGUCCCGUGUGUGUCCCUGCUAAGGAUUCAGCCAGUGCAGAGUGUGGCAGUGCAACAGGGGCCCGUUGACCGCAUCUGGCGCCUCUGACUGAGCGUCCCCGAGCAGUGGAGCUCUGUGCGCACUGACCCAGGUGCUGGGACCACGGCCGGGCCCUGGAGGCAGUGGUGACCAACGGGGGUGUCUGGCAGGCUACAGUGGUGAGGCUAGCCUUAGGCGUUUAGAUUUUUUUUUUUUUUUUUUUUU